GCGUAACUACCGUAAGAUAGAUAGCAAAGCAAAGCAAAGCAAGAAAGGGAAGGCGGCGGGCCGAGACGAAGGGCCGAUCGGAAGAGGGUCGCCGUAGCCGUUCAGAAUUUCCAACCCCGCCCCGCGGGGUUUGUUGCUUAGCAAUUCAUUCCUGGUUGAAUCUUCCUUGGCCCUCUCCCAAUUUCUCCGAUCCUUUCUGUCCUUCUCUCCGACAUCUCCCCUGAAUUCAAGUCUCGUUCUCUGCAAUUCACCGCCGGUGUGAUCAGUCACCCGCCGACCGCCACCAUGAAACUGAUCCUCUCCACCUCCAAUCUUAUGCUAGGCGGCCACCCCGUCAUCCGGCAACCGACCGAAAAGUCCAAUGUCGAACUGAUCAACUCGCUGCGCGCCAACUUCCAAGCCGCGCAGCAGCAACACCGCUCGGGCGGCGAGGAGAACGUCCCGGAGACCAAGCAGCAGUACGCGGCGUGGACGAAACAGGAGGACGACGCGCUGUAUAUCCCGGCGACGGACUUCGCGCACGGGCUGUCGGAGGAACGGUCGCAGUACGACAUCACGGUGAAGCUGUUCUACCUACCGGGGAUCCCGGCGUCGCGGCGGUGCGCACACACGCGCGAGGCGAUCGACCUGGUGCUGCGGGAGUUGCACGUCGACUCGAUCGACCUGCUGAUCGUUUCGUUCCCGGGGAUUCUGUUCGAUGCGGACGACGACAGCGAGGAGGAGGAGAUGUCGUCAGAUACUGGCAGCGAGGAGCCGGAUAACUUUGACAGCAUCAUCCAGACAUGGCGGACGCUGGAAGGUUUACAAGAGCAGGGGAUGAUCGCGCAGCUGGGCGUCGCGGAGUUUGGCAGCGAGCGGCUGGCGCGCUUCCUGCCGCACACGCGGGUAAAGCCGUCGGUAGACCAGAUCAACUUGAAGGACUGCUGCGUGGUGCCCAAGUCUCUGAUCCUGUACGCCAAGCAGGAGCGCAUCCAGCUGCUGACGCACAACGACUGCAUGGAUGUGCUGCCCGUGGGCACGACACGGGAGCUACUGGGCCCCGGCGCGAAGGGGGCGGGCAUCCUGGCCUCAGCGCCGGACGCGGACGACGGAAUCCAGGGCGACGUGGCGCCGCAGUGGGUAGUCAAGUACACGGCGGUGGUCAAGGAUCGGGGCGUGGUGGAGAGCAAGGGGUACUUUGCGCUGGCGGACGUGGGCAGCUGCGUUCAGCAGCAGCAACAGUAGUCUUGAAACCCCUCCUCCCCGUGUAGCAUUUCUUUCUCUCUACAUGAACCUUCCAAGCGCGGCGUUAUCAUUUUCUUCC